AUGGGCACUUCCCAGCAGGCCAAGGCAAGAGCUUCGGCGACUCGCAAGGCUGCAGCAAGCCCUGGCCCGGCGAAAGCCAAAGCCCGGCCGCAGAAGGAGACCUUGGAGGUCGCUGCUGGCGAGGCUCCGAGCGUCUGGGAAGCGCUGCUCGAGGUUCUCACUCUCAGCGCUCACAUCUUGACGGAAGAUGCGUCUCAACUAGCCUUCCAAGUGUUGGGAAGGCUCUUGGGAUUUGAGGCGGCUGCAAGUAGCCCGCUGGCAGCUCUGCGCUCUGGUGCGCACAUGGCUCUGAAGGACGGCGUCUACUCGCUGCCCGCCUCUGCUGUGGUCCCCAAAUGGCGUUGCAGUGCUUGCCCGGUGUCCCACAAGAGUCUGCAAGGAGUUGGCGGGCCUCUGCAGAGGACGCUACAGCUGCACAAAGACUGGGUUCGGUGCGUGGCCUUGAACCAGGUAGGGACGUUGAUGGCAAGCGCAUCGAACGACCUCUCAGUCAAGGUCUGGGACCUGACGCAGGACUGCCGGAUGCUGCUGGAGCUUCUGGGCCAUGAGACUGCAGUGCUAACAGUGGAUCUGAAAGCAGACCUCGUGGUGUCUGGGGACAAGGAUGAGGUCAUUCUUUGGAGCUUGACAGAUGGCAGCCUUCUGAGACGAAGGUCGGGCUUCGCUGGGAACUUGAGCGUGGUACAGUUUCUCGGCGAGGGCCAUGUGGCGGUGGCAUCCGGAACGGACGUGGAGCUAUUACUAUCCAGCAGUUCCACGUUGCAGGGUAAGAUCGCCUGCAGCCAUGAGGCCAGAGUUGCCGCCAUCCACUCCAGCGCAGUCCCGGGUGGUUCACCUGGAGAGUUCCUGCUUGCCUGUGGCUGCGACGACCGGCACGCGGCACUAUGGAGGCUGAGCCUUCAGGAGGCCAAGCGCAAGAAGACCCCUGCAGCGGCCGCGGCAGCGGCGGCAUCUGAGUUCAGCGCCCAGCUGAUCAAUCGCUUUAUCGUUGGAGACCAGGACGUGAGAGCUGUGAGCUUGAGCGCUGCAGGAAGUCUGCUGGCCUGUGGGAAUGACGAUGGCAUCCUCCGGAUUUGGAGCAUCACCGCUGAGAAAAAAGAUGGGAAAGCCGGGCUUUCCUGCAACAUGCUGUGCGCGGCACCUGGGAUGCACACGGAUUGGAUCCACUCCGUGAGCAUCUCUCAUGACGGCUCAUACGUGGCUUGUGGAUCGGAUGACAACUCCAUCUCUCUCUUCGAUGUGGCAAAGCAGCGUAUGGCAGGACAAGUCCGGAUCUUCUCAGGUGCAUUCUCUGUGGUGCUGUCACCAGACCUGAAGUCACUGUACUCAGCAAGCGGCGACAUCCGUGUCUGGAGCGUUCCCAAAAUCAUUCAGACUCACCAUUUGAAUGCUACUGGUCCAGAUAAGCAUUCCUACAUUGUGACUGGAGUUGCAGUGUCUGUUGAUGGUCGCCAGGCGGUGUCUGUGUCUUCAGAUGUUACGUCCGGCAAGACAAAUGGUGGUCUUCAGAUCGGCCUUUGGGACACUUCAACCGGCUCCCAGACCAAAUUCUUCAAAGUGCCCGGGUCCGUGGAUGACGAUGACAGGCCACUGUGCUCAUCGAUGAGCCCGGAUGCUACAAUGGCUGCUGUAGGAUGUGACACCGGCAAGCUUUGGAUCAUCAGCCUGACAGAGCCCUUUGACGUUGUUUGGGUGGAGCCAGAGGCUCAUAGUGAGCGCAUCUACUGUUGCGAGUGGCUGGAGCAGGACUGCCUGGCCACUGGCAGCGAAGAUGGUAGUGUAGCUUUGUGGUCCGUCAUGCACAAGGUCUGCACUGCUACUGCAAAGCCGUAUGAUGCGGGCGUCCGGUGCUUUGCUUGGACCCAAGAUCGGCAAAGGGUCCUGUGCGGCUGCGACUACCAGGCGCCACGACUGGUGUGGGUUGGAGAGAAGGGAUCGGAUGGCCACGUACUUGCAGAAUUCAAGGACGUUGUCCGACAGGAGCUGACCGUCAUCACACCCUGCAGCAUUUCCCUCAGCUCGGAUGACCGGCGAGCAGUCACCACAAGUUGGGACAAGGCGCUGCGUGUGUGGGAGUUGGAGUCCGGGCAACUCCUGCUGGCUGUGACCCAGGUCUCGGACUGGGUGGUGAAAGGCUUCGGAGCCACUUUGGCAGGUGACCUGGCGGGACUUUGCGUUUCCUACUCCUGGGAUCGGCAGCUGCAACUAUGGGAUUUCACGGACGUGCUCAGCAGCAAAGUCAAAGAGUCGACGGACCCUGUGGUCGUAACGUCGCAGGAGUCCUUUCACAGGCUUUGCACGUGCCAGUGUGACGCCUCCUUAGUGCACAUGGCCUGCGCACCACGCUGGCGUGACGAUGUCAGGCGAAGCUUGGUAUUCACGGAUGAGGACGGCGGGGUCCACUUCUUUGAGGUGGAGCUACGGCAAGCCUCCGGGCAAGCCACGUGA